AAGAGUUUUAGCUGAGCUGGGAUCUUCUUUCUUUCCAUAAUCCACAUACACACACUCUCUCUCUCUCUCUCUCUCUGCGGCCAUACCAAUGAAUGAAUAUAGAUAGGGUCCGAACAAUUCGAAAAUGAAACGAAAGCCCCAACCCAGCCCAUUCCCCAUUAGUUUCACGAGAAAGCUGCGCAACCUAACGCGACCUCUCUCUAUCUCUCCGUCUAACUGACUAGUAUUCUCAUCUUCACUCUUGUUCAUUUUCAUCAUACUCAAUUUUAAAUUCAAAUUCGAAAGCAUAGGAUUCUUCAACCGGAGAAUAGAAUGAAGGACAAGGACAAGGACAAGGAAAAAGAGGCGGAGAAGAAGAAGUACCCUAUCGGCGCCGAGCAUUACGAUCUCUACGAGGAGAUUGGACACGGCGUCAGUGCCGCCGUCCACCGCGCGCUUUGCAUCCCCUUAAACGAGAUCGUCGCCAUCAAGAUCCUCGACUUCGAACGCGACAACUGCGAUCUGAACAAUGUUUCACGCGAAGCACAGACGAUGGUGCUGGUGGACCACCCUAACGUGCUGAAAUCGCACUGCUCCUUCGUGAACGAGCACAGCCUGUGGGUUGUGAUGCCGUACAUGGCGGGCGGAUCGUGCCUCCAUAUCCUCAAGGCCGCGCACCCCGACGGAUUCGAGGAGGUUGUGAUUGCUACCAUCCUUCGCGAGGUCCUCAAGGGUUUAGAGUACCUUCACCACCACGGACACAUCCACAGGGACGUCAAGUCCGGCAACAUUCUCAUCGAUUCCCGCGGCGCCAUCAAGCUCGGCGACUUCGGUGUCUCCGCCUGUCUCUUUGAUUCCGGUGAUAGGCAGCGCACCAGGAAUACUUUUGUUGGAACACCUUGUUGGAUGGCACCCGAAGUAAUGGAGCAGUUACAUGGUUAUAAUUUCAAAGCUGACAUUUGGUCAUUUGGCAUAACUGCACUGGAGCUUGCCCACGGUCAUGCUCCUUUCUCAAAGUUUCCCCCAAUGAAGGUACUGCUUAUGACUUUGCAAAAUGCACCCCCCGGCCUUGACUACGAGAGGGAUCGAAAGUUCUCUAAGUCAUUUAAGCAGAUGAUUGCUAGUUGCUUAGUGAAAGAUCCUUCAAAACGACCCUCUGCAAGCAAGUUGUUGAAGCAUUCCUUCUUCAAGCAGGCUCGCUCCAAUGAUUAUAUUGCACGAACACUUUUGGAGGGGCUGCCUGCUUUAGGUGACCGCAUGGAGGCCCUAAAGAGAAAAGAUGAAGAUAUGCUUGCACAAAAGAAAAUGCCCGAUGGCGAGAUGGAGGAAUUAUCACAGAACGAAUACAAACGGGGAAUUAGUGGCUGGAACUUCAAUCUUGAUGAUAUGAAGGCUCAGGCUUCAUUGAUCCAUGAUUUUGAUGAUGCUAUAUCAGAUAUCAAUCAUGUAGCAAGUUCAGCUUCUUUAUCUUCCCUUGAUGUACAAGAUAAGCCGAGUGCAAGUCAUAAUCCCUCUCGAAGUGUUGAUCUGGAAGAUAUUGAUGAGCUACAAAAUCAAUCAGCUUCUGUUCCAGCAAUUGAUUACACAGUAAAUGAUGCCAAGAUCAAGUUUGAAAAAUCUGACGAUGACUCUAGCAUUACCAGUUCAAGCCAUGAACAAAGCAUUUCACUAGCUUCUCCGUCCUGUCUUGAUGAUCGUGUGGACCAUAAUGUGGGAGAAAAAUCUGAUGUGGAAAAUGGUAUGGCUAUCCAUUCUUUUCAUAGAAGAGGAUCUUCAUCAAGCAUUUUACCUGAAGUAACUCUUCCACAAAUUCGACCAGAAAGUGAGAAGCCACCCAAUCUGCCCCAGAGCACCUCAAGUGGCAACGCAAAUUCACAGACAGGAGAGGACGUGCUUACUGAACUUCCUUCUAAAAUCUCAAAAUCAUCAGCUAAUGCUGAAGAGACUGAUGAGAAAGCAAAGAUACCAGUUGUUCAGCAGAGAGGACGUUUUAAGGUUACAUCUGAGAAUGUUGACCCAGAAAAGGUGGCCCCUACUCCUGUACUGCAAAAGAGUCACAGUAUGCAGAUUAUUAGCCAGCAUAGUGCUCCUGCUCCUCUGCCUUCACCAUUACCGUUACUGUCAGCAUCUGAUGCUACUAUAUCAUCAAAUCUUUCUGGCUGUUCACUUUUCCCUUUGUUGCACUCUGUGCUGCAGACAAAUAUUCUUCAAAGGGAGAGCAUUUUAAGUUUAAUGAAGCAAAUCAGUGCAAAUGACACCACAGCUGAUGCCACGUGUAUCCCAGCACAAAUAGCAGCUACUGAGAAAUCUUUGGUAUGUAAAUACGGCUCACUUUUUUUUUCACAUUUAAUCACUUGUUAUGUUGGAGAAAGAGAAGCACAAAACAACAACUUGUUAUUUGCUUAAUUGCUAUGAAAAAAGUGAGAUUUGAGACAAGAUUGGUAUAUUUACAAUAAUGAGUACAUUUUGAGUUACGGCUUACAAGAGACG